AGCACUUUUGUCGAAGGAAAGCUGCUGCUCGAAAUGCCGGACAAUGUGUUGUGUCAUGCGGGGAAUAGGGAGGCUCAACCCUUCGCCACGCUGAAGGAAACAUGCCGGCCAUGAAACGCCUGGCCUACUGCCUAGUUCUCUUCUCCUGCGUGUUUUAUGUUCUAGCUGCCAGAGGCAGGAAACAAAGGUUAUGUGUACGACCAAACGCAUUCCGUCCCUGCCGUGGAGGAGGCGCACGAACUUGGGGUUUUGAUUUUGUUCUCCGAAUGUGCAAAUUAUUCGUCUCCGCAAGUUGUAGUUCAACUGAAAGCCGUUUUGUGUCAGAAAAAAUGUGUCAACAUGCGUGUCUCCCACCACCACAACGAAAUCUGAUAUGCAGCCUCGCACCGAAACCGGGCCCGUGCUCUCCGCUAUUGCAAGACUGGCACUUUGAUGCCCAGACUGGCUUCUGUAAACGUUUUCCAUCAGGAUUUUGCAGUAACAAUCCUAAUAGUUUUCCGUCAUGUGAAUCUUGCAUGAAUAGAUGCAGCGAUGGAAAAACUGCAGAAGUCUGCCAUCGCUCCCCUUCAGCAAGCGAAAAACCAAAAGUGUGACCGGCACGGCCUAAAUUACAGAAAUUACGCCGACCGAAACCGCCGGAACAGGAAGAUGUAUCCUCCUUAUGGAACGCUCGAAGCGUACACAAUGGCGCCAGAAUAAUUCAUUUGGCUAUGACGACGUCAUGACCUUUAUUAAAAACACGAUGUGUCGAA